AAAAUUCUGUUUUCUAGGUUAAAAAUGGCGAUUUUGUUUACGGCCGCUGUCACGCAAACGUGAUUUUACCUUCAGCUUUAAUUUGGUGUGGCGAAAAUUGGCAAGAAGUAUUGGUUUUUGCGUAAUUGGUUAGUUGCCAGUAUUCACAUAGGAUUUUACGGUGAAAAUAAUAAUGUGCAUCUUAACGUAACAAAUAUUUAGUACACUCAACUUUAAUAUGUAUUGUAGUGCAGUCUGUAGUUGUCAUCGAGCAUUGGCAAGCAAUCGAAGUUUGUGUAUCCUUGAAAUUUGUUAUUCCAUAUAUUUACUAUAGAAGUUGGUUUCUAAAUCAUUCGUUUAUUGAAUGAAAGAUAACCUCUCACAAGCUUGGUGUAAACAGAAUAACGUGGAGUAAUUUAAAGAAGAAAUGAUGGAUUGUUUGCAAGAACCGGCAUUCUUAGUAGGGAAGAUUGAUGAUGAAAUGAAUCUUUCUUUACCACCAGCUUCCGGAGAGGAGUAUAUCAAAAGAGUGAUAAUAGAAGCACAACAAUGUGCGGAUGUGGUAGUGGCAAACAUAGAUUCCAGUCACUUUAGGUGUCCCACCAUUGAUGUUGAACCUUUAUUAGGAUGUAUAGAAGCACCAUCACGGUUAGGACCGACAUUACACUGGCAACAGUGUCAGUUAUCGGAUUUCUCAAAUAUGAGAUUAUACAUAAGCCAAAUAAAAGAUGAAUUUCAGACAGUCAAACAUAAAUAUAAACUUAAACAUAUUAAUUUGCCAUGUGUAGACGAUGAGGAAGCUUGGAUUAAAUUUUGCUCUGGUAGUUACGAAGACCAGAAGGAGACUGUUCCAACCUUGGGUAUUAUAUUCUCCUUAAAUCAACCAAUGGUGGAACAAAUAUUGGAAUACCUGAUAGAGUAUAUAGAGGUUCAAAAACAGAUAAACCAUAAGCUGGGUCAGUGGUUGUAUGCACUAUUGGUGAUCCUGGAAAUGCCUUUAACACCAGACACAUGUUCUUGUUUACGUAGUUUAGCCAGGACGUGCUCUGUCAUUCGUGCAAAUUCGAAAAACUUGGAAGUACAUGAAAUAGGGGCAUUGAAUUUAUUUAUAUGCCUAGUUGCAAGGUAUUUCCGUCAACUUGACAUGGCUGACCCAUAAAAGUCUGUUUCCUAAUGUGAAAUUAGAAUGAUAUUUAUCUGUUUUAAUAAAGUCAAUUUUUUUAUACAUUCAG